AUGGGCGUUGGAGCGGUCCUCGAACCGCUAGUGGUCAUUGUCCUACUGUUUGGAGGCACAUGGAUCAACCGUACAACUGGUACAAACGCUCACCGUCAUUAUGCUCGCCGGAAAUCCGCAGACUUGGUGCUGGCAGCCUCACCUGAUUCCCUCGAGUCCGGAUACUCAAGUCCAACAACAAAGGAUGGACUUCUCACCCCGCGUUCCCGUUCACCCUUGCAUCAAAUUCCCGAUGGAUGGCACAAGCGACAGGUGGGAAUGUUGGGGUUGACCUUAGAGGUGUCAUCGCCAAAUACUGCUAUUUUCCAAGAUCGGUUGCUCAGUCGUCUGCUACGGAAGCUUCCUUUCUUGGUAGAAUGCUGGUACUGGGCCUUGGUAUACUGGACAUACCAGCUUGGCAGAGCAUUUACCGCCGUGACCCUCAAGGACGAUACAGUCGAUGUUGCGAGGCGACAUGCCCUACAACUCAUCAAGGUUGAGCAGCGUCUAGGUAUAUUUUGGGAAACUGUCAUCCAGAGGAACUUCUUGCUCCAUCCCCGCGCGAUGACUUGGAUCAAUUGGAUAUAUUCGUUCAUUCAUAUCCCCGGUACCAUCGCUUUCCUCGUCUGGCUUUAUUACUUCACCGCCACGCGGAAUCGGAUCGACGAGACUCAGGCAGGAAAUCCCAGAGGCGCUGUGAGCGGGUCACCCGCGGGCCCUCUUCUAUACCAAGCGCGUCGGCGGACCCUGGCUGUGUGCAACCUGCUCGCAUUUGUGGUGUUCACUCUGUGGCCUUGCAUGCCGCCCCGGUUACUAAGUGACACCAACAUCGGUGGGCAGGAGGGUGAGCUGGCUCGCAGUUAUGGCUUUGUUGAUACUGUGCAUGGUACCAACGGAGCAGGCAGUGUGUGGACAGAAAACCGCUUUUGUAAUCAAUAUGCGGCCAUGCCAUCCUUGCACUUUGGUUACUCUCUCAUGAUCGGUCUCACAAUCAUGACAAUCCCUCUGCCGCAGCAACGACGAACAGUACUGCGGACUCGUCUGACCCGAGUAAGGCUGACGCUUCCAUCCUGGCGCCGCCUGAUGUGCCUUAUUCUCGGAUUUUCCUAUCCGUUCAUCAUCGUAGUAGCCAUUGUUGCCACGGCCAACCAUUUCAUCCUGGAUGCAGUGGCAGGAGCCUUGGUCUGCGCACUGGGAUGGCGGUUCAAUGGAAUGCUGCUUAACUUGUUACCGCUGGAAGACUACUUCCUGUGGCUUGUCCGUAUCCACAAACCGGAGCCAUCGCUUGUCACUGUCAUCCCUGACAGCUCGGAUAGUCGGUCUUCUAAUGAGGAACUGUGGAGUCAUGCUGUCAUCUCAUGA